AUGGAAGAAGAUCAAUCAAGAAAAUACACUUGCCUAGUGACUAGGUUCGAAAAAUCCCUCUACGACCUUAUUAAAGGCCUACGAACCCAUAAGGGGACAGAGGAGGACUAUGUGCAGGAUAGCCUACGAGAGUGUAAGGCCGAAAUCAAGCAGCAGGACAUGGAUAAGAAGGCUACCGCACUGCUAAAAUUGAUAUACUUGGAGAUGUUUGGGUAUGAUAUGUCUUGGGCUUCGUUUCACGUGCUGGAGGUUAUGUCGUCCACGAAGUAUUUGCAGAAAAGAGCUGGCUACUUAGCUGCCGUUCAGAGCUUCAGACCAGAUACAGAAGUACUGAUGCUAGCCACAAAUUUACUGAAGAAGGAUUUGGCAUCUUCGAAUAUUUCGAAUAUGGCGCUGCCUUUGAUCACUCUACCGAACAUAAUCACCCCCUCUCUGGCAAUGUCUUUACUCCCGGAUGUGCUGCCGCGCCUUUCGCAUUCCCACGCUGUUGUUCGCAAAAAGGCAAGUGUGUGUCUUUAUAGACUCGCGUUGGUUUAUCCGGAGGCAUUGAAAUUGGCGUGGCCCAAACUAAUGGAUCGCUUGACGGAUGAGCAAGAAGAAAGUAGUGUCACCACAGCGGUAAUCAAUGUCGUCUGCGAGUUAGGAUGGAGAAGACCCCAUGACUUCCUUCCACUUGCACCGCGAUUCUUUGAAUUACUCGUGGACGGGGGCAAUAAUUGGAUGGCAAUCAAAAUAAUCAAAUUGGGGGGUAUUCUGGAAGACGACAGUGGACUUGAUGGGAGAGAAGAAAUUGCUGGACUCUGCGUUGGCAAGCUCAGAGGGAUGAUAGUUACAGAUUCUGAUCCGAAUUUGAAAUAUGUUGCACUACUUGCUUAUAAUCGAAUCGUGGGUUCAUACCCCGAUUUGGUAUCGACACAUCAAGAUGUCAUCAUGGAUUGUCUGGACGAUCCAGAUAUUUCAAUAAGGCUACAGGCUCUUGAACUUGCCGCCCGAAUGGUGAGGAGCGAUUGCCUACAGUCGGUAAUAACCCGACUCAUUGAUCAACUCGUUGAUGCACGCCGAAUGGCCGAAAGUGGGCCUUCGAACAUUGUGCCAAGCGAAGGUCCAGAUAGCCCAAGUUCCCGGAAGGCACCGUUUAUCUUACCUCUCGAUUAUAGAGUCGAAGUCUUACAUCGGAUUCUCGACAUAUGCUCUCACAACAAUUAUGCCGAGCUAUCGGACUUCGAGUGGUAUGUGGAGGUCCUAGUAAAACUAGUCGAGCUAGCACCUCCGCUCAAUCGUGGUCACUUGCUGGGCCAUGGAGCUUACCAGGAGGCUACAAAUGAUAUCGGGGAAAACGUCGCUUCACGAAUUGGAUCUGAGAUGCGCAAUGUAGCCGUUCGUGUUAGAGAUGUUCGUGCGGACGCCACUAGAGCUGCAGAAUCUUUACUCCUGGAUGACAAUAUGAAGAAUAUUUGCUCGGAGUUGUCUGAUGCGGCCGAUGGCAUUUUAGGACCUUUUAUUUGGGUAAUCGGUGAAUUUGCAGAGUGCCUCGCCUCGCCUCACCAAACUUUAUUAUCAUUGAUUGAUAUUUCCACUGCCCUCCAGUCGUCGAGAACGCUUUGUCUUGUCGUACAGGCUCUUCCAAAAAUUCUCGUGGGCAUAAUUCGAGCACAUUGUGGAAGCUGGGAUGCCAGGAAUCAGGGCGAAAUUUCUCUUUUACUGGCGAGAAUCCUGGUUUUUCUGGAAACUCUGGCAGCUCAUCCGGAUUUAGACGUCCAGGAAAGGGCUAUUGAAUUUUUGGAGGUGAUGCGCCUGGCAGCAGAUGCAAUACGGUCAGAUUGCUAUGGACCUAGCGAGAUCCCGUUUUUGCUGUCCUCCAUGAUUCCGAGCUUAUUUGAUGGCCUCGAGUUGAAUCCAGUUGCUGCUAAUGCUCAGAAAAAAGUGCCUCAACCAGAACACCUGUUGAUGGACCAGCCGUUCAACAACAACCUUCACGCCAUUUUUGACCAUCGUGCAGAUCACUGUUCUGAAUUAGGUGCACCUUUGGCCUUCCAGAAUUUCUACUACAUGAAUGACUCAGCGAUGCCAAACAAACAACCAGACGAGCUCAAUUUCUUGACUUCGCAAUUCACUGCUUCCUAUCAGGACCCUAACAGUCCAGUGGGGGGGGCAGUCAGUGUGGCAAAGCGAAGAGUGGGACGCAGGGAGGGAAACAUUGAUGAUCCGUUCUAUAUUAGCACAGAAGAUGAGAUCUCUAGUACCUCUACACCGCUCCACCAAACCUUCGCCGCAUCUAGGGGCGCUGAUUUGGACAUUGAUGCAAUUCCUAUCAUUGACCUGAAGCUAAAUGGAGAGGCCUCACGUGCUUCAGAUCUAAGUGCUCGCAAUUAUCGGAAAAAAAUCGAACCAGAGGGUAAGAAAUAUACGAUCGUGUCCGACGAAACUAUUGGACAAGAGGACACCUUGCCUACCGAGAAUCUUGAUGGGGCAAGCAAAACCAAGAGAUCACUACUUCAGGUUGACUCCAGUGGCCUGGGGCGUCUUCCUGAAAAAGUGGGCGAUGCACAUUCAAACAGCCGACCACCUGCUGGAUCGAGCGCACACGAUGCAGAAAUGUCAAUAGCCAUGCAGCGAGUUGAGAAACUACGGCUCGAGAUGCAAAGAGCUUCCGAACGAGUUCAUACAGAUGAGUUUCCUACAGAAGGAACAUUGGUCAAGAAGAAGAAGAGAGUGAAAAGGCCGAUCUCUAGUGGACCCGCGGGGACUGCUAGCCUACCACAUGGAGAUGGUCUAGUUGGGGGUCUUGAUGCCAACAGGGCGCAUUCACCAAAGGUUAAAAAGAAAGUGAAGAGCCGGUCAAAAAGACACCAGCCCAGCUAG